UUUGCACAUAUAAAUAGAAUCCCUUUUGCCUAAACCAAACCCAAGAUUGAGCUAUUUCUUCAACAAAACUUGUGCUUGACAACCAAUUAAAAUGACAAUGCUCAAAACAAUAUUAACUUUGGCUGCAAUAGCCAUACUAAUGAAACUGGCUAUGGCAGCAAAUUACACAGUGGGAAAUCCAGAUGGUAGAUGGGAUCAAUCGUCCGAUCUAGGAAAAUGGGCGUCGUCCAAAACAUUUUUCGUUGGUGAUAAUUUGAUUUUCCAGUAUACAUUAAACCAUGAUGUUCUUGAAGUCUCAAAGCCUGAUUUCGACUCGUGCCGAGCAAAUAACCCCAUAAAUUCUCAUUCUGGAGGCUCAACAGUCAUAACACUUUCUUCUCAAGGCAAGCGGUACUUCAUUUGUGGAACUGCUGGACAUUGUGACCAAGGCAUGAAGCUAGAAAUCGACAUCGUCACAGCUUCUGCACCUCCACCGGCCACUCCCUCAGCCCCUCCACCAGCAACUUCAUCAGUGCCACCAACGGGUUCCUCUGUCAAGCCAUCGGUUUCCUCUCCACCCAGAGCAAAUAACCCCAUAAAUUCUCAUUCUGGAGGCUCAACAGUCAUAACACUUUCUUCUCAAGGCAAGCGGUACUUCAUUUGUGGAACUGCUGGACAUUGUGACCAAGGCAUGAAGCUAGAAAUCGACAUCGUCACAGCUUCUGCACCUCCACCGGCCACUCCCUCAGCCCCUCCACCAGCAACUUCAUCAGUGCCACCAACGGGUUCCUCUGUCAAGCCAUCGGUUUCCUCUCCACCCACCAAAUCUUCAGCUCCCUCGCCAAAGCAUUCACAUUCGCCUGCUCCUAAGAUGUCCCGUUCUUCGUCUCCUACUAGCAGUCCCACAUUGUCUCCUCCUCCGGGAGUUUCUUUGCCUGCACCUCCUCCCUCAUCAGCUACCAGGGUAAAUGUGAUUGCUGGUUCCUCCCUCGGGCUAAGUUUCUAUAUCAUAAUGAUGCUCAUCAACCUUUAGAUUUUAAGCUAUAUUCGUUUGCCGGAUUGUUGUUAUGAUUUGUUCACCUCGAUCUAAAUUCUUCUUGUAUCGAUACCUUUCCUGAUUUUUCAUUUAUUAGUUGUAAUAAUGAUGCUAAUAUUCAAACAAUGUCGGUAUUUGAUUCCA